CGGGAAUUGUGUGACUAACCAGCCUCCGUUGAAGUCACACCUUUAGGUUAGUACCUAAAAUGGAUUACUCUUUCUUCGCAUCCAGGUACUAUGGCCGUUUUGAUGACUGUACAACACAAACGACGUUGUUACACAAACAUACUAGUAAGAGUAGGUACAAGGAAAAGAGUGCAGCAACUUCUGUAUGUGACAGUGCAUGGCGUGCAAUUAACUGAUGCAUGUUGGUUGUCCUUGACCCUGAGGAUGAUCAGUUAACUGCUCGACAUUCAGGGAUCCAACUGCCGGAUGAUCUGAGUAUCUGAAGUGUAAAACAGACCAAUGCAACGUAAGGCGCUAAAGUACAGUUAUAUAUUUUCGUCAGUGAAUGUUGAUUACUGUUCAACAGAUGAUGAAAAAGUUCAGUGAAAAUUCCGUUAAAAACGAAGGAUGGCAUAUCCAGGUUUCUGGUCGUUUCUGUUUUCUUUGUUAGACACAUUGCCGAUUCACAAUACUCGAUAUACUGUACAACAUGAACCCUUCACCACCACGGUUCCUUCGGAAAUCACUAAUAUUAGUCAGAAAUCACGUAACAGAUAUGAGAUUCUCCUUUUAACUGAAUGUGUCGCCAUACAGUCCAUCAUAAAUAUCACGGUGGAAGAUGAGGAAAAUAAUAUAAGUUCAACUAUGUAUCUCAAUAGAACCUUGCAAAAUAAGAUCAUUGUGAAUGGCACAUGUGAACAAACAAGACAGGAUCUGACAGUUUCAUGGUCGCCAAAUGUCGAUUUCUUAGACUGGAAACUUAUAUUUGUGUUUGGAGAGGAUUCUGAAAGAUAUGACCUGGAAAGCAUAGGUAUUACUUAUACAAUAGAUAAAGGCAAUGAAAUUGAUGCUAUUACAGAUAGAGGUUUGUUCACUAUUCCUGUCGGUGGAUACUAUGAAUGUGCCAAUCAUUUACAUAGAGAACUAUUCGUGGAAGAUAAUGAUAACAUAAAAAUCAAUAUUUAUUUUUUAAACUCAUCAAUGGAAGCAUUCAGGCUUGAAAAUCGUUCAGAAUUUAUGGGUCUUGGUACGAACUGGAAAAAAUCCCGAAUAAAAUGCUCGGUAUGUUUUAUGACAUUAUCUGUUAUUGAACCAUUAUAUUAGAAUUAAUAUAAGCUACGAUAUAUGGAAUGCUUCUGCGUAACGAAAGAGAGGAUCUAUUUUAAAUAGGAAAUUCUGAUGGUGCUAUGUUCGCUCAGCUGAACGGUUUAAUUGUAGAGCUUUCAGUCUCAAUAACAUUUUUAACGUUCAAAUAAACUUGAAUUAACCUCCAGUGAUUCUGUCCAGAAAGAUAAUGGAACCCUUACAAUUAAAUGAUCGACGCGAUAUCACCAAAUUAUUUCGAAAUAAUUACUUAUAGAUUGUCUAAUUUCUAAUAUUUUUACACAUUUUUAGCCAUAGACUGUCCAUUGAGUAUCCUAUGGUUAAAGAAGGUUCCAACAAUUGUAUGCAUCACCCUACUUCUGAUAGGUCUUGCUAUUCUUUUAAUAUAUUUGUGCAGUCGUCUUAGCAAACGAUCAGCAUAUGAGACAAUUAGAUAAUUAUAUAUAUAUCUUAUCAUAAAUUUCAAUGAAAUGCUUUUACACAAACCAUAAAUAAUUCUAGUUUGAGAUUUGCUUAUUAUUUUCUGUAUCUCAUUCUUGAUAUUUUUGUAUAAUCAAGUGUAAUUAAUUAUCAUCUUUUCCUUACUUUUAUUAAACAGAUUAUUUCUUUAUUACUUUAUGAAAAAAUAGCAUAUAUAUUAAUACGUUCGUUGUGUAAUAAGGUCAGGAAAACAAACUAUGUACCUACACACCGAUGAUAAAAAAUUUGGGAACUUACUCAUUUUUGUUAUUUUAUGAUAACACCUAUUGUUCGUAAUGUAGAAUCUUACUUGUAAUGACAUUUAAAAAAAUUAUUACAAAUGAUACCAAUAUUAUUAUUGGUAUUAACUUUGUUUUCUUUUGUCAUUUUUCCCAUUAGUUAGUUUAUUGUAAGCUAUUACACAAUUUUCUAAACAUUCUUUUUCCUUACUGUUGCUGCUAUAACAUGCAAAUAUAUGACCAUUUAUUU